ACUGAAAAAUGUAAAUUUUAUUUAUUCACAAUUUUCCGGAAUAUUUCCUCCUCCUCCUCCUUCUUCUUCCUUGUCUUUAUUUCUGUUUCCUACUGCGAGUUUCUGAUUUCCAUGGAAGCUCUCUUCCUGCAUUCGUCUUCCCCAUGUCCUCCGUCCUCUCUUAUUUUUUCUAGCUCUCGCAGAAUCCCCGUAACAAGAAAUCUGGACGCCUCUAGAAUCGUCAAAGGGAGAUGCGGACGCCCUAAUUCCACAAGCAAGUCGAUCGCCGCGAGCGUCCGCGAGUCUUCCCGACUUGCCCGGGACGAUCUGCUGGGCCUGAUUGCCGACCAGGAGAGGGGGAUCCGGACGAUCGGCGACGAGUCGAAGAGGGCGCAGAUCGUCCGGGCGAUUGACGCCCUCGGCGACGAGGGGAAGGACACGGUGACGACGGGGCCGUCGCUCUCCGGAACGUGGAGGAUGCUGUGGACGACGGAGAAGGAGCAGCUGUUCAUCAUCCGAAACGCUCGCCUGUUCGGGACACUCGCCGGCGACGUCCUGCAGGUGAUCGACGUCGAGGGCCGCAGUCUCAACAAUGUCAUCACGUUUCCUCCGUCGGGAGUCUUCUUCGUCCGCUCCGGCAUCCAGAUCGCGUCUCCACAGAGGGUGAAUUUCAGAUUCACAAGUGCCGUUUUGCGAGGUUCAGGCUGGGAGCUUCCUUUGCCCCCUUUUGGACAAGGAUGGUUUGAAUCUAUCUAUCUAGACGACAUGAUCCGCGUUGCCAAGGAUAUUCGGGGAGAUUAUUUGGUUGUUGACCGUGCUCCUUAUAGCUGGAAAGAAUGAAACAUGCAUGCAAGCACGGUAAUCUUAACUUUUUUUUCCGUGGCUUUCGUCGUUGCUUUGCAAAGGAAACUCGCACGUACUUAGGCAUGCACUUGAGUGCAGUGCCUAUGUUUAUCUCUUACUAUAUCAACAAAAUGCUUUUUUGUUCA